AUGGGCAUACCAGAAGGCGACUAUGAGAAAGGUAAAAAGAUUUUCAAACAACGCUGUGCACAAUGCCAUGUGAUUGAUUCAAUGGCGACGAAGACUGGUCCCACACUAAACGGCAUUAUUGGACGUACUUCUGGCACAGUGCCUGGAUUCGACUACUCGGAUGCUAAUAAGAAUAAGGGAGUGGUCUGGACGCGUGAGACGCUUUUCGAAUAUUUGCUUGACCCAAAGAAGUAUAUCCCUGGGACAAAGAUGGUGUUUGCUGGUAUUAAGAAGCCCGGUGAACGAGCUGACCUCAUCAAGUACCUCGAACAAGAAGGAGGAAAGAAAGCUUCUUAA